AUGGGGCAGGGGGGCCAUGAGCUCCUGUGGAGGCCCAUGACGAGGAAGGGGGUCGUGGGCGGACUUCUCCUGCUCGUGCUCUGCGUGGGGGCCACGGCAGCACCCUUGCAGCCUGUCCAUGAGCCACUGCUCCCAGGACAGCCUUUCCAGGUGCUGUGGGGGGUCCCCAGUGCAGCCUGCUUGGGGCGCCCUGACCCCAGGGCCUUUGGGAUGCAGGGACGUGGCCAGGUGGUCAUCUUUCUAGAAGAUUCACUGGGGCUUUACCCAUACUACACCCCCCAGAAGCGGGCUGUAUCGAGGGGGCUGCCCCAGCACACUCGAUUUGAUGGCCACCUGCAGGAAGUGGAAGCCGAACUGGCUCUCUCCCUGCCCUCCGUGGAUUUUGGGGGCCUGGCCGUGUUGCACUGGGAUCAGUGGCAGUGGGGGCGGAACAUGGUCAAGCGGGAGAUCUACCAGGAAGAGUCAUGCUCGCUGCUCCGGGGAUUCUUCCCAGACUGGAGCCCUGCUGAGGUGGGCAGGUGGGCACAGGUUGACUUUCAAACGGCAGCUCAAGUCAUCCUGAUUGAAACUCUAUGGAAGCUGAAGAUGCUCCGCCCCAAGGCAUUGUGGGGAGUGUCCCCAUACCGAAACUGCUACAACUCUAGUCCCACCCAGCGGCAGGCCACCCAGGGCCGCUGUCCUGCUACGGAGAUGGCCUUGAGCGACGAGCUGCCGUGGUUGUGGAGACGCUCCUUCGCUCUGUGGCCCCCUCCACUAACCAACACAAAAAAAACUCACAGCUGCCAUGAGAGAUACUGA